GUCUCGCAUUCUCGUCUCGGUACACAACGGGCGUGUGUGUUUGUCUCGGUGCGCGCAGCCAGUCUCUAAACCCCCGGAGCCCAUCUAACGCACGGCAAACAAGCGUGUACCACAAACAGUCACACACGGGCCCCGAAGAGCAGGAAGAGUUCAUAACCAUCACCACAACAACAACAACAAAAAGCCAACCUUCCGCCCAGCCCGCCCCGCCACCCCAACCCACAGUGUAAACGAUUGUGAUCAUCUCACGGUUUUGCAGUUCAUUGCCAAAAGUUCACGUGAGUGAGCUGCAGCUGUGUGCGAUCUGAUUGAAAAUGAAAAGUUGAUCGACGUUCGGGGUUCAGUUUUUAGUUGACUGAUGCGAGCAAUUCCAGCAAAGGAUGCAAAAAACUAUGUAAAAACAACCGACAGAGUGUGCAUGUGUGUGUGUGGAAGUGUAGUGUAGUGGUGGCAUACAAGAGGUGUAUGCAAAUUAUCGUAAAGUGUGUCAUACAUACCGCAGCCACCCAGCCCUGUUGCGAAGUGUAUAUGAAUGGGUGACGACGCUUGGUAAACGUGCUGCCGUCCUAGUGCUCCCCGUAUGACAGGUUCGCUCGCAGCACGCCAGAAGCAUCCUUUUCCAUAAAUCAGCGCAAAACCUAAAAAUAGGAGAAAGUGCUUAAUAACACAACCACAGGAAGAAAAACAAAAACUCCGUUUGCAUCGUCCUCGGUGGUGUAGGUUUUUGGUGCAUUUGGUGUGUAUGGUGCGGUGUACCGGCGGCAACGCAAACACAUGCGCGAGUGUCCUUUUUUCCUCUGUGCAGCAAGGAGGUUGUGUGCGUGUAUGUGCGUGCGGGCUGUGUUGUCAGCUAGUGACCCAGUGGUAACUGCCAGCAAUCCGCCCACCCGAAGUGGAGAAACAAAACCAACGCUAGCAAUAAGCAAGAAAACAGAAAUAAAGGGAAAACUCCGUGCUACGCGAUUUAUUAUUCAGCAGUAUUAGUUAGCUAGCUACCCGGUAAAACGAGGUGGUGCGUAGGUGUGUGCAGGCCUAUUUGGAGGUUAGUGGACGGGGAAACGGGAAUCGCCAAAGCUGCGAGGGAAAAGCGCUUUUCGCACCACCAUCACCAUCAUCACCCGUCUGGUUGGUUUGGAAUUCAGCGAUUCAGUCGAAGGAAGGAUUGUGUAUUUCGGAACGCUUCCUUUUCCUGUGUAUUUCCGAACACCAGAUUCCUUUUGCUAGCUGAGGAUUCCUGCUACAAGUCUGCGUUACGUCUCCUCGCAGUGAAGCAUCCUGGAAGGAUAGCCGCACGGUGCGGGUGGUGUAGUGGCGAUCGCCUCGCCCGGUCAGCACGAUGGACAGCGGUAUGAUGACCGGCAAAACAAACAGUGACAGUGCUAUGCUCGGAAGCAUAGGUCAUACCCACGGUCACCCACACAAUCCGCUGCGACAGCAUUCUCAUCCAUCACCGGCAUCACUCCAGCAGCAGCAGCAGCAGCAGUCCAACUCCCAGCAGCAUCUGCACCAUCACCAUCACCAUCAGCAGCAGCACCAUCCCACGGACAGCCUGACGGAGGUGUCGGUCGUGGACAUUAACGCAUCGUUGGCCGCAUCGGCCCCGCUCAUAUCACCACACGUUGCGGCGUCGGUGCAUCCGAUCAUCGUACCGGCAGCGGCCGCGUCGACAGCGACAGCAGCCCCAGGCACUGGAGCCAUCGCACCCGGGCACGUGCCCAGCUUCUGCAACAUUCUGAACGCCUCCAACAGCAGUGACCUGCAGGCGGUGGCGUACAAUUCGCUCACGCAAAACGUGCGCUGCAAAUCCCCACCGACGCUGGUUGAUAAUCUAAAGAACGGGACAAUCGGGAACUCCCAAAGCGCUCUCUGCAACGGAGCCAUCAUGACAAACGGACAGACGAAGGACUCGAAUCUGGCGCACGGGCUGGUGCGCAAGGUGCUGAACAACAGCGAUGGAAAUGGACAGAAAAAGCCAAUGGUAUCACUCACGCAUUUACCAAAGAGACCUCCGAUCGACAUCCAGUUCAUGGACAUGUCGUACUCGGUGUCCGAGGGGCACAAGCGAGGCUACAAAACCAUACUGAAAGGCAUCAACGGGAAGUUCCGCUCCGGGGAGCUGACCGCCAUCAUGGGACCGUCCGGUGCUGGCAAAAGCACACUCAUGAACAUUCUCGCCGGCUACAAAACGUCGCAUCUCAGCGGUUCGGUGCUGAUCAACGGCAAGGAGCGCAACCUGCGCAAGUUCCGCAAGCUGUCCUGCUACAUCAUGCAGGACGAUCGGCUGCUGCCCUACCUGACCGUGCGCGAGGCGAUGAUGGUGUCGGCCAACCUGAAGCUCGGCAAGGAUAUUUCCGUCUCGGCGAAGCGGGCCGUCGUGGAGGAGAUCAUCGAAACGCUCGGGCUGCUCGAUGCGGCCAGCACGCUCACGCUCAACCUGUCCGGCGGCCAGCGCAAGCGGCUGUCGAUUGCGCUCGAGCUCGUCAACAACCCGCCGGUCAUGUUCUUCGACGAGCCGACGAGCGGGCUGGACAGUUCCACCUGCUCGCAGCUGAUCGCCCUGCUGAAGUCGCUGGCGCGCGGCGGCCGCACGAUCGUCUGCACCAUCCACCAGCCCUCCGCCCGGAUAUUCGAGCUGUUCGACAAUCUGUACGUGCUGGCGGAGGGACAGUGCAUCUAUCAGGGGCGCGUGAACGGGCUGGUACCGUUUCUGGCCUCGCUCGGGCUCGAGUGUCCGAGCUAUCACAAUCCGGCUAACUAUGUGAUGGAGGUGGCGUGCGGGGAGCAUGGCGACUGGAACAGCAAGCUGGUGACCGCGGUGAACAACGGCAAAUGCAACAACUACAAUCAACCGCUCGCGCAAAGCAAGAGCACCUCCAACAAGAACGUAUCGCUGGACGGCACGGCACCCGGUGCGACCGAGCGGGAGGACGAGCUGGCGCUGCUGAAAACGGUCGUCAGCACUGGCGACUACACGGCGAUCAGUAUGCCCCCGGCCAGCAACGCCGCAGCACCCGAGGCACAGCUGAACAAUGAAAGCAAACAACCGGCGGGCGGCACGGACCGGAAACCAAUGCUUGGCAAUGGGGCAGAAGCGGCUUCUGCCGCUUCCCAAUCCACGACCACCACCACCACCACCGCUACGACCGCUGUCGGUACGACGGGUGCAUCGGUCAACCCGUCGUCCGAUGCAACUGGCCCACUGCUGCCGGCCGUGGUGGUACCGCCAGCCGGGCCGGCGCAAACGCAGCCCGGUUGCAAGGCGACCUGCACCACCUCACUGCUCGACUCGACCGAAAGCGUCAGCAUAACGGUGCCGAAGAAGCAGGCCGGCUUUCCCACCUCGGGCUGGAUGCAGUUCUGGAUACUGCUCAAGCGUACCAUGAUCACGAUCAUGCGCGAUCAAACGCUCACGCAGAUGCGGCUGCUGUCGCACGUGAUCGUCGGCGCGAUCAUCGGCAUGAUCUAUUACGACAUCGGGAACGACGCGUCGAAAAUUAUGAGCAAUGCCGGGUGCAUCUUCUUCACCACGAUGUUCACCAUGUUCACCGCCAUGAUGCCGACGAUACUUACCUUUCCCACGGAAAUGGCUGUGUUUGUGCGGGAGCAUCUCAACUACUGGUACUCGCUCAAGUCGUUCUACUUCGCCAAAACGAUCGCAGAUCUUCCAUUUCAGGUACUGUUCACCAGCGUGUACGUGAUCGUCGUGUACUAUCUCACCUCCCAGCCGAUGGACCCGAAGCGGGUGGGCAUGUUCGUGCUGAUCUGCAUCCUCACCUCGCUCGUCGCCCAAAGCCUCGGGCUGCUGAUCGGUGCCGGCAUGAGCGUGGAAACGGGCGUCUUUCUCGGCCCGGUCUCCACCAUCCCGAUCAUCCUGUUCUCCGGGUUCUUCGUCAACUUCGACGUCAUCCCGAGCUACCUGCAGUGGGUCACGUACGUCAGCUACGUGCGGUACGGGUUCGAGGGCGCGAUGGUGUCGGUGUACGGGAUGGAGCGGGAGAAGCUUGCCUGCACCGAAAUCUACUGCCACUUCCGCAGCCCGAAGAAGUUCCUCGAGGAGAUGUCGAUGGAUAACGCGGAGUACUGGAUCGAUGCCACCGCCCUGUUCGGCUUCUUUAUCGCGCUGCGCGUCAUCGCGUACUUUGUGCUGCGCUGGAAACUGCAUUCCAUCCGUUAAACGUUAAACCGCAAUCGGAAAUCGCUCCGCUCCCUCCCCCUCCAACUCGAUACCAAAGCCCCUGGACAGAGAGCAAACCGUAAAACAAAUCACAUCAUCCAGCACUAAGGGGACAAGUGCUCCACGGAAGGAUACCGUUGGGAGUACCCAUGGCCCCGCACCCUAAACACUGCUCGCCAGCUCGCUCACCACCGCUAAAACCACCACGUGUUGCUUGCUUGCCUGCCCAUAUUGCUGUUCUUGCCCCGCCGAUCUACCGACUUGAAACGGAAGUAGCCAAAGUAGCGCCCCGAGCGACAUCAACCUUACACAAUACACACACAAAAACACACACACACCACAGCCUUUCACCGUGAAGGAAGCAGGAAGCGAAGGUGGGUCUUACGCCUUCGGUUUUAUACUUGUAUUUACCGACAGACUAGCGACAGUGCAUCUGGGUCACCUCCGCUCUGCACCACUCUGUCUAUUAUUAGCCUGUGCAUGGGGCCAGGAUGCUGUGGGAGUGUUUCUUUUCCAGCUCCGUUACACAACCCGUCUCCAUUUUAGCAAGGCAAAGUCUUUUCCUACUCUAGAUGUAUAUUUUAACUGACAGAAGCUCGUGCUCUAUGUAACGUAUCGCAUUGUCGCACCUCCAGCAGAUGACAAUAUCCCUUCUUUUCCCGGUAGUGCAAUAUAGCAAGCAAUAGAGGAAAAGAGGGAUGGUUAGGGCGGCUAAAUAGCGAAUGUUCAACCCUGUUGUACAACAGACCAUACAAAACAGACCAAUCACAUAACACACCCAAACAUACACACGCAUACACAUGCUCGCUCUUUCUCUCUUUCAAACCCCCAUAACGGCUACACUCAUUUAGAAGCAGUCGCGCAGUCACAUUAAUCGAUGUCCUUUAAAAAGAAAGUAUUACAGUAGUAUUUAUACCUCCCCCGGUUCUGAAGCGUGACGAGAAGUGGAAAGCAAAAGUCAAACCGUACGCAAAGCGCUUAAUAAUAGCAUGCAAGCAUUACUAGAAACAAAAGUAUAGUAAAACAACUCACAUACACAAACAUCGUAUAAUCAAGACGAAAGAGGAAACCAUAAAACCAUAAAGAACACACAAAUCACAUAAGCGGUGAGUCCCCGAACAAAACAAAAAAGUUACAAAGAAAACAAAAAUAAAAAAAUGAAACGAAAACAAAACACAUUUAUGCAUAUAAGGUGGGAUAGAAAGUUUUUUGAAUCCGCUCGUAUAGGCAACCAAAACCGUAUAUAGAACAGCGUAGCAUAUAGAUGAAACAAACGAUUGCGAGAAAGAGAGAAAGAGGGAGCACGAGAGAGUGAGAGAGAGAGCAAGAGCGAAAAGAUAAAAGCGAAGGAACCCGAUAUAGUAAACAACAAGAGGAGGUGCAAAAAGAAGUUAGUCAUCCGGUACAUAGUUUAGUGCAAAUUUUAGUCAAAAAAAAGUUUUACUUUUACACAAUUCGGCAAAAAAUGAGACAAGCAAAUAUAAUUAAAUGAUGGAAUUAGGAAAACAAACAAAAUCGUUACUUGAUUGCGGAAAAUCAUUAAGAAGGUGAAGAAGAAUGCAAAACAAAGCGAAAAACUAAAGAAAAGAUAACUUUUGUUUUCUUCUUCGAAAUGGUUAAGAAACAAAAUUAACACAAAAUUUCAGUUUGGUAAAACAAAAUAACAUCAAAAACGUCCGUGCUAUAGAAAGGAAACGUUUUCUUUCCUAACUUUAUUUCUUUCUUUUUAAGGUGUUUGCGAUUUGCGGCAACACAAAAAAACAGCAACAAAAAACAUACACAACUACGCAAGAAAAGUAGCAAAACAGAGAUCGUAUGCAUAAAAAGAACCAAACGUAAUAAGAAAAGCGAGACCACAGCGCAACCCACACAUUAGGAGCCAGCGGCGGCAGCAGCUGGACGAUAUCAGCCAAUGAAUGAAUCAUGUUGUUUUUUCCCGCCCGACAUAGAAACAUAGGAAAAGGGCACGCCACUUUAGUUUAGUAUGUAAGUCCCAGCGUGUGCGUGUGGGCGUGCGUGGGCGUGUAGGUAGGUGCGGCAGAAUAUUCGGGAAUUGAAAUUUAAACGAACCGACUGCAAAAAGAGACGCAAUUUGGCAGGGGUUUUCAACACAGCUGAAAAGUAACGAGGGUUGGGUGAGCCAUCGAAGUGUGCGUGUAGAGCAACCGAGGAACGGUAGGAUAGGAAUGUGUCGUCGGGAGAAAAGACCUUUGUUCCCCUUUCGGAAUCGUUUAUAUUCGUCUUUAAUUAUUUCCUCUCUGUUUGCGAUAUCAAUCAACGUUAAUAGUAUUUUCCUGUGCACUUGCGUUUGCUCUGCAAAAGGUGUGAUGUUUACGAGUGUACGGGGAGAGGAAAAAAGUUCUUCGAAACGAAGCCAUUUUGCUUUUUUGCACUAUCAAACGUAUUACUUUAUAUAAUCUUUUUGCGCAGAGCAGAACUAUACCCCUGCUCUGAGUAGCUAUCCGUACGGUCAGCAUUUUAAGUGAUAUUAUUUUUCAUUAGCUAAAGAAUCAACAACAAUCUUUUCGCGAAACCGACUCUGAUUCGGGUACGGGUUACUCAACCUAUAUAACAUCGUCCCCCGUAUGGUACGCACGCGAAACUUUGGAUAUUUUGUGCUUUAAGUUGCCUAUCCACAUGCUACGUAGUUUUACCACUCUUACACAUAUGUACAAUAUCUAAUUUUAAGCUGAUAAUUAGUUAUGCGAGCUGUCCCGUGUGUACGUGCGGGGAGUCGUUUAGUGUCCUAAUUUGAAAACAGAAGAAGAAAAACCACGGUGAUAGGGAACCAGUGUGAGCAUGCUUAAAGGAAAGUAAUUUAUUUUAUGAAUUCUCCAAGCACGAAGCGCAAGCGCCCGGCAGUUUGUGUCCGAGGUUACUGCCGCGAGGCACGAAAGCUAGCAACAAAGGCGCUAUAAACAGAAAGAAGUAUGUGUAGCAAUGCAAAAAAGGGGAAACCAUUUCUGCGUGUGAUAAGUGAUAAGUGAUUUCACCAACCAAACAAGUUAUAAAGUGCACGAGAGGUAUUGGGCGACGAAAAGGGCUGAAAAGGACGAAAGGUUUGCUCUCACGAUCAGUACACACGCGUGUCACAUUUUCUGUCGCUCGUGCGUUUAGGAUUUCUAGGAGCAUCAUAUUAGGAACACAUUGUAGGGCACUAGGGUUUGGGAAGGUAUGGAAAGGAAGAAAAAAAAACAUACAACAACAACGGGAUGAUGGGAUGGAUGAAAUAAAGAACCCAAAUUUUGAAACAAU